UGUGACUACAGAGGCGUCUGGUCUGUUUUGCUUGUAAGCUAUAUAAUUGGAAUAAACACGCAGAAAAAAAGAAGCUUGUUCUCAAAGCAAACACCCUUCUUUUGUCCUCUCUCGCUCUCUCUCUCUUCGCUUUUCUGGUUUUCCCUCCAGAACAAAGAAGCAAAGCAUCUCUGCUUAGCAUUUAAAGCCCACAAACUCUUUUUCCUUUUCUUUUCUCUUUUUUUUUACACAAAAGAGCAUCUCCUCUUACACGCCACCACAUGCUGUUGCUUUCUCUUGGGAAGAUCCUGUUUUUUCUUCUUUUUUUUCCUUUAGCUAGGAUAUAUUUGUGCUUUUCAAAACUGUGACUUGAACACAGCAACCAUAUUUGGGGUGCAGAUCUGUGCAAAAAACCCACCCAAAGUUAAGAAUAUAUCCCAGUCGUGGGCACCGAUGAGGUCAAAUAGAUCAUGGCAAUUCAACUUCUGUCCGAACUGUUAUAUCUUCUCGAGGUCUGAUCGCACCGGUUUAUGUGAACAGGAAUUGGUGACAUUAUUGUCUUUAGCUUCUUCAACCACCCGUACCUUCACAAGGUCUAACUGCAUUGCUCCGAAGCCAGAGCAGCAUACAGUCAUUGAAGUCUUCGGAAGCCUGUAGGAAUUUUUGGUCUUCAAUCUCUACCUCACCACACAACCUUAUUCCAGAGUCUUAUGUUGUGAUGUCUGAUGAGCGUGUUGCACAUCAGCUGCGAAAUUCUCCAUUUUCCGAGAAUCAUUUUUUUGCCUUUUUGUUUUAAAUUUCAGGUUCUUCUUUCAAAAAGAUUUUCGCUCUAGUGGAGUUCUUAUUAUCCUGUCAAGCUCUUGUGGGGUGUUUCUUUUGUUCAUUCCUUCCCUUUUUCGAUCUUUCAGACCAAUCUGUUCGAACCCAGAAAUCAUUCUUUCAUUUUUUUUUUUUUUUUUGGAAUCAGCUCUCAUUCAUCCCGAAUUGCUCUAUAUUUGCUUUCCUUGUAAUCUAGGAACAAAACCAACUUUUUCUUCCAACUCUCGAGCAAGUGAACAGUUGUUAGAAGACGAAGUUCGGAAGAUGAGUUUUCUAACAUCAUCUCCAGAUAACUCUUACAAGCCAAAUGUUAGUGGCAACACAGCCUCUGCAAGUUACUGGUUGAACUGGAGGGUCUUGCUCUGUGCUCUUUGGGUCUCUAUUUCUAUGGUCUUUUCCCUGGUUCUUAUAUGGAGACAUGAAGAUUUCGGCAAAGCAGAUUGCCGUGAUAGAGAUACAGAACAAGAAACUCCAGGAACUCUGUAUGAUGAUGAAACUUGGAGGCCAUGUCUUAAAGGAGUCCACCCUGCUUGGUUACUAGCUUUCCGAGUCGUGGCUUUCAUUGUGCUCUUGCUAAUGCUCAUCGUUGCUUCGUUUCUCAAUGGAGGAAGCGUAUUUUACUACUAUACCCAGUGGACUUUUACACUGAUCACCAUCUAUUUUGGGCUUGGAUCGUUGCUGUCCUUUUAUGGAUGCUACGAAUAUCACAAUAGAUCUGCUGGUGAGAAGGUUGGCAAUGUGGAGGUUGAUUCAGAGCGAGGAAGCUAUGCUGCUUCAGAACCAAGGGACAAUUCCAUUGAAAUAAGCAUGGCCAAGAAUUCACUCCAGCAUGAUGCUCGUAAAAAAGCAAAUAUUUGGGGUUACCUCUUUCAAAUAAUGUUCCAGAUGAAUGCAGGUGCAGUUGUGCUCACGGAUUGCGUCUUCUGGUUCAUAAUUGUCCCUUUUCUUGCAAUUAACAAUUAUAAUCUGAGCAUUCUGGACAUAAAUAUGCAUUCAAUCAAUGUCAUUCUACUAAUUGGAGACACAGCUUUGAACUGCUUACGCUUUCCUUUGUUUCGUAUUGGAUACUUCUUCAUGUGGACAAUCAUUUAUGUCAUUUUUCAGUGGAUGCUCCAUGCCUUCGUCAACAUUUGGUGGCCGUAUCCAUUUCUUGACUUGUCAUCUUCGUAUGCCCCACUGUGGUAUGUUUCGGUUGCGCUGAUGCACUUUCCAUGCCACGGUAUAUUUGCUCUGGUGAUCAAGUUAAAGCACUUCCUCUUGUUGAAAUGGUUCCCUCAGUCCUAUCAGUGUCCAAGGUGAACUCAAAACAAAGGCAUGAAUGCUCACGAAGACUACCGAAUCUGAGGUCCUAAAUUUCCUCCAUCGAAGUUUAUAACAGUGGAAGGGAACUAAAGACAUCCACAGGAGUUGCAGAUUGUUAUUCAAGGUCCUGAAAUAUAUAUUCAUCAUACAACAUACUGAAUUUUUGGGAGUUUUUUAGAAAUGGGUGAUAAACAGAAGAAAGCAGAACCUUUGUUGCAUUGUUCAAUACCGCCACUUCUUAAUAUGUGGCAUACCUGUAAGUAUUUGUCGACAGAAAAUUCAUUACUGAAAUGUUGAUUUUUCUGGGCUGGUCAAGUUCA